AUGGCGUUCAUCCUUCGCCGCCCGUUCGCCGUAUCGGCUGUGCUUAAACAGGGCCCCAAGCCAACGACAGUAUCAACGACCAUCCGGUUCAUCCAUAACGGCCCCAUCAAGUCAUCAUCAUCACCAGCUAGCCGUGCAUCGUCCCAAAUUCCUUCUACAUCAGCGUUCAGUAAAGCUCGCCAAUCGUUCCAGGAUGCCUUCCGACGGACCUACAUGCAGAAGACAUAUCAGCCUGCGGCUGGAGAUACCAGCAAUAUGACUCAGAAAUUGAUAUAUGGUGCCGCCAUCGUUGGAGGAACCAUUGUGGCAACAAACCUCAUUUUCAACCGGGAAACAAGAGAAGAUGGCGGGAUGCGCCCCUACGAGCGAAGUUUCUUGAAUGAGACCUUCAUGCACACCGGCCUGGGCAUUGGAAUCAUCGGCGUUGCUGCCCGUGCUCUUCACACCAGCGGAUGGUCUUAUCGGCUUAUGGCAACCAACCCAUGGGUUGUUGUUGGUGCCAGCUUGGUAGCCAGUAUUGGAACUAUGUAUGGUACUUUUUACACGUCGCCGGAUAACUACAUUCAGAAGUAUGCCCUCUGGACUGGAUUUAACCUUGCCCAAGCUGCCGUUCUCGCUCCUCUAUUCUUCAUGUCCCCUGCCAUCCUUGGCCGUGCUGGUCUUUACACAGUCGGUAUGAUGGGCUCAAUUGCCUUUGUCGGUGCUACUGCCAAACAGGAGAAAUACCUCUACCUCGGUGGUCCACUUCUCGCUGGUGUUGCCAUUGUCGCUCUCUCUGGAUUUGCUCCUCUGGUUCUACCAGCUACCGCAACAAGAACUCUUAUGUGGUCUGAGCGAGUUUGGCUAUACGGAGGCCUUGCUGUCUUUGGUGGAUUCACCCUCUACGAUAUCCAGAAAAUUCUUUACCACGCUCGUUUGGCUGAGCGAGGAGUUGUUCGGAGAGAUGUUGUUAACGAGAGUGUCAGCCUUGAACUCGAUUUCAUCAACAUCUUUGUCCGCAUGGUCCAGAUCCUGGCCCUGAGAGGCGGUAACAACAAGCGAUAG